UGUUGUUUUACCGUUCUGCCCCCCACAAAAACAUGGCCCAUCUGCUCCAGUGUACCGGCGUGCAAUUGUUGUUAAAUCCGGCCAAUCUGCUGCAAUGUAGCCUGCGGCACGGCCACCGGUUACGGGGGCGUGCACCGGGCGUCGCGAAAACACUUGCCGAACGACUCCAGGCAGAAAAUGUGACCGAUCCGGAGAUCAGCAAGCCGGUGAACAUCGGUUUCCCACUCGUGAAGCCAUCGCGUGCGGCCCAGUUGGGUGAGCGGUUGGCACAUCUGAAGGAACAGCGGAAGAACCCGGAGCUAGAGCGGUUAUCGCGCGAAAGAAAGUUAAAGAUCGAUCUGGAGCAGGUGCGCGAAGAUUGGCUGAAGACGAGCGGCCCCUUUCACAUACGCCGGGCCGCUGAGCAUUACGGUGUGUUCGAGCAUCUGUUCGGGGCGGCCUACUUUGUGCCGCGGGUCGAGCUCCGGAUACGGUACGAGACGAGCGGGGGCGAUAGUGAAGCCACCACCAUCCAGCACCCGGUGCGGUACGGCAAUCUGCUGAAACCGACCGAAACACGGUCCGCACCGAGCGUCGAGUUUGACGGACGGUUUCAGUUCACCGGUGGUGACACCCGCGGCACCAAUAAGAAGACGGAUGGCGAGCCACACUGGUGGACCCUGGUGCUCACCAACCCGGACGGUCAUUUGGAGAGCAGCGAGCACGAGUACUGCCACUGGUUCCUCGGUAACAUACCGAACGGGGACGUUAGCAAGGGCGAAACCCUGAUGCCGUAUCUGCAGCCAUUUCCAACCAAGGGUACCGGCUACCAUCGGCACAUCUUCGUGCUGUACAAGCAGCACGAGGGACGGAUAGACUACUCCCAGUACCGGUGCACCGAUCGGCCGUACUCGCUGGCCGAGCGCACGUUCCGCACGCUCGACUUCUACCGUGCCCACCAGGAUCGCCUCACGCCCGCCGGGCUCGCCUUCUUCCAGUGUGACUGGGACGCGUCGGUAUCGGCGUUCUUCCACGAGCGGCUUGGCCGACCACAGCCCGUGUACGAGUACGACUUCCCGCGCCCUUACAUCCGCGACCAGGAGUGGUUCCCGCAGCGCAAACCGUUCAACCUCUACCUGGACAAGUACCGCGAUCCGGCGCAGAUCCGCAAGGAGUAUCUGGCGCGCAAGCUCGCCCGUGUGCACCCGUUCGAGGGGCCCGAAAAACCCCUGCGAUUCCCCAACGCGCAUCCGAUUGGCCAGGACGUACCGUCCUGGUUGCGCACCGAGAUGCGCAAGGAUCGGUUGGGCUGGGGCAGGAUCAAUGAUAUCAAGUAAGUCAACUAACGCAGGCGACGGUUACAAUAAAGUGUGCAGCAGUUUGUGUGUAGCAGCAGCAGCAGCAGCAGC